CUGAGUCUAUUACAAGAAGAAGUAAGGAAUAUAUUAAUUGAAGAAGAAAAGACACACAAAGACUUAUAUACAGCAAUAUCAACGUUGGCAAAAUGUAAACAACUACAAUCAUACAAUUCCUCACACCAUCCUAGCACUCAAUAUAAAAAUAACACGCAUUCGCAAUCGACAAACUUAAUGAUAGAGGUACCAGACAUGCAAUUACAGACACAAAAUCCAUUAACUAGAGGCACACCAAUGUACCAAAAUUGUAAUCUUAUGUCAGACAUAUCCACUCAAACAGAUACCCUAGUAACAAACACCAUGAUAAUUGAAAACGAAGUAGAAACUCCAGUCCUAGAUGAGAUAGAAAACGAUUUAAUGAAAUCACAUUUUAGGGAAAAACUACAAACCGCUAUUUUACAAUAUGCUGGAAUAGACCCUACAGUGCACCCUAAACUCCCAAAGCUUAAAUAUAGCAGACAACUCUUAAAACUAAUACACAUAUUUAAUAACAACAUUUUGAUGGUGGAUAAAGUAUGGGAAUCACAGAAGAAUUAUGUGAAAUACUCCAAUAAAGAUAAGGAAGCGAUUUUGGAUACCAGUGACAAAUGGCGAAGGCAGUGUGGGUGCAUCAAGACGAGCGAAAAGUUGCGACAGAUUCUUGACUCCUUCCCCGCUCCACCGCCUCCAACGCCAAUUAGUGCCGGCCCAAGCUCUGAACCGCCACCCCAUGCGGAAAAUUGUAUUUCGGCCUUCUGUACUCUUCACCAGCCUGCGUUCCCGUCUCGUGGGGAAGAGUAUAAGGUUGAUGACCCUUCGGUAUCUGCAAUCACGUCAAAUGAAAAUGCAAAGGAGCAAGUGAGCAAAAGGUCGUGGCGUGUGCUCACGGAGUUGGUACAGCUGGUGCAACUGUCUGUCACAGCGACGGCUCUGGCGCUGUAUUACCUCAUCUACUGCUACAUGCAACUGGUGUAUUAUACGUUGCGCAGUGCGUUGUACUUCCAUCAAGCUGAUGGACCAAUGAAGAUAACAAUCGGUGUAGUGACCUUGACGUCUCUUAUCGUUGGUUUCAACCUGUUAUUGCGGAUGGAGCGUCUUUUAUUUAUCUUUUAUUGA